AGAGGGGUGGCCUCUUGCUGGCUGUGGUUCACACGUGUGCCAAGUCCCACCCCUGGGGGCGGGGCCAAGGCUGAGUCUGGCCAGCAUCAGCAGCUCCCUCCUUCCCUCCCAGAACCCAGGUUGGGACAGAGCAGGGCAGGCAAGCCAGGACCCUCUUGUCCCAGGGAAGCACUUGCCAGCUGGGGCGACAGACAUGGUCUGAAGCCCUGCAAGGCUGGAGGCUGCAACUUUGACACUCAGGGUGGCGAGGGACACCUGUCCUCCACAGCCAUGCCUGCCAGCUGCCACUGCCAUGCUCUCUCAUGCCAAGGCCCAUGAUGACACCCAACAGCACCGGGGAGGUGCCUGGCCCCAUUUUCCCAGGGGCCUUGGGGCUCUCCCUGGCCCUGGCCAGCCUCAUCGUUGCAGCCAAUCUGCUCCUGGGCCUGGGCAUCGCCUGGGACCGCCACCUGCGCAGCCCACCUGCCGGCUGCUUCUUCCUGAGCCUGUUGCUGGCCGGGCUGCUCACUGGGUUGGCACUGCCCAUGCUGCCAGGGCUAUGGAGCCGGAAACGCCGGGCCUACUGGCCCUGCCUCCUCCUCUACUUGACCCCCAACUUCACCUUCCUCUCUCUGCUCGCCAACCUGCUACUGGUGCACGGGGAGCGUUACGUGGCAGUGCUGCGGCCGCUCCGGCCCCGAGGGAGCACCCGGCUGGCCCUGCUCCUCACCUGGAUGGCCCCCAUGCUCUUUGCCAGCCUGCCUGCCUUGGGUUGGAACCGCUGGAGCCCUGGUGCCAACUGCAGCUCCCAGACUGUCUUCCCAGCCCCCUACCUCUACCUUGAAGUCUACGGACUCCUGCUGCCUGCCGUGGGGGCUGCUGCCCUCCUCUCUAUCCGAGUGCUAGCCACGGCCCGCCGCCAGCUACAGGACAUCCGCCGGCUCGAGCAGGCAGUGUGCCGCAAUGCACCCUCCACCUUGACCCGGACCCUCACCUGGCGGCAGGCCAGGGCCCAGGCUGGGGCCACGCUGCUCUUCGGGCUGUGCUGGGGGCCCUAUGUAGCCACCUUGCUCCUGUCAGUCCAGGCUUAUGAGAAGCACCCACCCCUGGAGCCUGGAACUCUGCUCUUCUUAUUCUCAUUGGGCAGUGCCAGCGCAGCGGCCGUGCCUGUAGCCAUGGGCUUGGGUGACCAGCGCUACACAGCACCCUGGAGGGCGGCCACCCAAAGGUGGCUGCGGGUGCUGAGGGGAAGACGUUCGAGGGACAGUCGCAGCCCCAGCACUGCCUACCACACCAGCAACCAAAGCAGCGUUGAUCUGGACUUGAACUAGCAGAGGGGCAGAAGCUUCCCUGGUCUUGGCCUCCAGGCGCCUUCCCCAGGUCCCCACCUCUGGAGCAGAAACUCCCCCCCACUGCACCUCACCCAAGGGUCGUAAAACUUCUCUGGGCCUUUAAAGGGUAGGUUCUCAGAGAGCCCAAGGCUGCGAGGGACCAUCCGCCUCAGCAGGCCGGCAGCUGGCAGGGUGAACAAACCACCAGGCGGAGGGCAGCUCUCGAACCUUGACCCUGGAGUGGGACCUGGGAGCCUCAGUCCGCGUGGCCUUCACUAGUUCCUCUUCCGUCCACAAAAUCCACAGACACUGCCUCUGGGAAGUAUAUUUUAUUUACAUUUUUAAAA